AAUAAAGCAGUUAUGAGUUUAGAAGGCGAAGAGUGCAGCGCUUUUAAUUUACAUCAAGACAACAAUUAUUCAAACGAAGUUUAUUGGGAUUUACAAUGCCAAAUAUCAAAAAAAUUACAAGAGGAAAAGAACGAGCAACAAAAAGACGUAUUAACGUUGAAUCACCAACAAUCAAACGAAAAGUUGAAUACAUCGAGCACCAGUUGCAACGAGGGCAUAACGAAUUUAAAUAUCGAGAGCUCCUCAACGAGUACUAUACCAUUACAGGGAAAGAAUACCCAAUACGAAAAGGCGAUACAGUUACUGAAGUCCCGCUAUUACACGAACAGGACGAAACAGAUCUCAACGGAGCAUGCUCUAGCAAAAUGUUUCGAGGAGACAGUGAUGCUUGUGAUGCCGGAACAAUCAUUAGACAACCUAGCAGUGAGGGACCUAUCGUGGAUUGUCAGGAAGGACCAUCAGAUGUUCAUUCAGGGUGUGAAAACGAUAUUGAAAUCAAAAAGGACACAAAUGAGAAAGGGAGGCAGGAUAUUGUCGAAAUAUCUUCAGACGAAGAAUGGGUCGAGGAAGUUAACGAAAAUGAAGGCUGUUGCGACAACGUAACAAGAACUGACAGAUGUGCUGAAUUACGACUAGAUAACUCGGCAAACCAACGCAUACCAUCUGGUACAACGGAAAAGAGGCGAAAUGUGACGCACUUGACAUAUGUUCCAAGACUCACACCAUUUGCAAAUUUUUCGAUGGAAAAGAAUCCGAAUAUAGUGGUCAACUCCACACACACGUUAUCCUCGCCAGCUACGUUUUGGAAAGGGCAAAAAGAAGUCCAGAAGGCGAACAACUUCGCAUCAGAAGAGCUUUUUUCAGAGCGAGACAGUAUCUCUGUCGUGGAUGUGCAGACAUCACACGUAAGCGAUACGGACACUACUGCAACACGUGCAACAACAGAAUUUCGGUUAAGCACGUUAAUUCCAAUGCUUACUACAAGAAUAGCAUUGUCUACGUGCUUAACCGUGAUUAGUUAUAUAAAAUCACACUUAACAUUUGACUUGGACAACAUACAAGACGAAACAAUACUAACACAACGACAACCCCUAAAACAACAACAAAAACAGAACUUUGCUAACUACCUAUUUAAUAACAACAUAAUGAAUUCAAGACAUUACGAUGACGAACUUGCUAAAAGUGACGAAUUACGAAGACUAGAAUUCACGAUACAAUUAAAGGACCUCGAAGUGAUAAAAAAGACUAUAUUCAGACAAAUAUACUUAAAACAACGAAACACUGACGUUUUAACACCACGAAUAGUUGUAUCUAAUAACAAAUCUCGUUUAGGUGCUCUGAUGUUUUUCCUCUCCAACAUCGCACUACAAAAUCAAAUCUCCGUCAAUAGGCUAAAACAAUUAUUGUGCAACUUCAUUUUCAAUCUUAAUCACAAAAAAAGGGGACUCAUUCUCUGUGGACCGUCUGAUUCUGGAAAAACUUUCCUAGCAAACCUAUUAUAUUCUUCUUUCAAACGACAUGAAAUUGGCUACUUCAACUGUCCUACUGGUCCUAAUCCAUCUGCUUUCCUACUACAAGCAUUGAGUAAUUGCUUAGCCUAUCGAUGUGAUGAAAUGGUUUUCGAGCACCUAGGCGUUAUUCAGUUAAUGAAGCAACUAUUGGAAGGGUCAAGUACACUAACAACAGAUGUCAAAUACAAAGAUGCAAUGCCAAUAGAUCCUCAUCCAACUCUUAUAACUAUGAAUUCUUCUUCUAAAUUCGACAUACUAAAAUGGCAUCCAUCUGAGUAUCAGGCAUUUGAAAACAGGUGUACAAAACUCUUCCUAGGAACACCACUACUUAAUAUAUUCAAUGAUAAAGAGCUAAGGGAAAUAAACGCCUGCGGCCCUGAGUUAUUGUAUAUGUUAAGUAUGCACAAACAGGACAAAGACACAGAUACAACAGGGGUACUGGACAAGUUCCAAGACUACAUUUUUUUGUAAUUUUUUAUAAAUAACAACGUAUUUUGUAAAUAAUUUAAUUAACAUAUAUAAUUUACAAUAA